AUGCCGCGACCUUGUCACCCUCAGGCCCUGUUCUCACUUGUGCCUCUGGGGGACAGGGCUCAUGCCGUUCUACAACACCCGGAUAAUAGUCAUCUUGUCUCAACCUUCACUUUGGACAGCGGCGAACAGUUACAUGGAAUUGAUAUUGGCUUCCAUAUUGAAUCAUCCUCAUACUGUACUCUAGCAACGCUUGGACGCAGCGGUGCCGACAUCACGGUUGAUGGCUCUAGCAUAUCGCGAAUUCAAUGCUCCUUUGAGGUCCAUAAUGAAUCUGGCGUUAUUCUGCUUUACGAUCGGUCACAUUCAAUGACCACGCAGAUUUCCGGUGAGAAUACAUUACAGUUUGCGCCCGAGCGUUCUCGUCGAGUCGUGUUGACAGCAAGUAUGAAGGCCAUACUUGGUUUUGGUGGCGUCAGAUGUGAUUUGUACAGGUUUAAGUUGAUGUGGCAUAAAUCUAGCAUGAGUACAGAAGAAAACGUCGGAGGACGACUACAAAAUUUACGUCUAGCUCGAACGGCGGAUGAACCCACCGAUGCUCUAUCGUACCGUCUCACCCGAAUUCACACGCCCAAAAAAGAUGAGCCGGCACUUAAGUAUUCUAAAAACGUCGUCCUGGGAGAAGGAAAGUUUGGAAAGGUUUGGAAGGCAAUAGACCUCCGUUCCGGGGGAUUCAUAGCGGUCAAAGCCAUUAAAACCCCUACAACUUGCCCUACAGACAACCAAUGGAUCUAUAUUAAAAGGGAAAUAGAAGCGCUUGCAAAGGCUUUCCAUCCUCAUAUUGUGGAAUACAUCCACCAUCAAAUUGUCGAUGGUCAUAUGGAAAUAUGCACAGCACUUAAAGAUGGAAACUUGGACGGAUUAAUAAGCCAAAACAUCUUCCAAUCCAAUGCCUCUGUCAAAAUUGUCACUGAUACCCUUCUUCCUCAAAUACUUCAAGCCCUUGAUUAUCUGGCCUACAACUCCCUUAUUCAUCGAGAUGUCAAACCCGCAAAUAUUCUUUACACGUUUCGCGAAAACAAGUACUUGUUCCAGCUAACCGACUUCGGAUUAUGCAACUUUGUUUCUGACGCUACGUCAUUUGCUGGCUCACCCUUCUAUAUGGCUCCAGAGGUUCUACAAAACCGGAGUAUCAAACAGACCCCAAAGGUUGAUGUUUGGUCCCUUUUUGUUACCAUAGCAUUCACACUGAAUGUUAAUGGGUAUCGAAACUCGCAGCUACCCUCUGAUGAUAAAAUAAUCUUAGCAGCUGUGAAAGCAGCAGAUACUUGGCCUUUGGAAAGAAUCAAAGAUAUGGCAAUCGUUGAUCCCACUAAACGUGCUUCUGCGGCCCAGAUGUUACUCAAACUUUACAGUGGGGUAGGCCUUACCACGCCGCGCAGCCAGAUUGGUGACGGCCCUCCUCCUGGGUCCACUCUUAAUGCGCUUGUCAACUCUAGCGAGGUUCCGAGUGUAAUUGACACGCAUAGUCAGCCGAGGCCAUUACUCAAUUCUACCCGUUUGGAAGUGAAUACAGGGGUAGUUGCAGCGGAGCGAAAGAGACGACGAAGAGAUUUAUCUAGGGUCAGAAAACCAGGCACUCAAGAGUCUAGCUUUCGAAAGCGAGCCAAAAAGUCUAGCAAAAUCAGAAAGCGUUCUGCGAAUGCCAUGAGUUGGACUAAAACUUAA